AUGAAAGCGUAUGUUGACGACAUGAUUGUGAAAAGUCGGAAGGAUGAAUCACAUGUGAAAAAGCUAGCACAGGUGCUCGGAGUCUUUAGACAACACAAGAUGCGGUUAAAUCCAGCAAAGUGUGCCUUUAGAGUGCAGUCUAGAAAAUUCUUGGGAUACAUGAUCACACAAAGAGAAAUCGAGGCAAACCCCGAGAAAAUUCAAGCGAUACUGGAUAUGGAGUCGCUGACAUCAACCAAGGAAGUUCAACGAUUGAUAGGACGGAUAGCAGCUCUCGGGCGUUUUCUCUCCAAGUCAGCUGAAAGAGAGCUCCCAUUCUUACGAACAUUGAGGGCGAGAAAAAGUUUUGAGUGGACAGAACAAUGCCAAAAAUCAUUUGAAGCAUUAAAGGAAUAUUUGAAAGAAGUUCCCCUAUUAACACAACCAGAAAUUGGAGAGACAUUGUACUUAUAUUUGGGGAUAAGUGACGGAGCAAUAAGUGCAAUAUUGAUCAAGAAAGAGGGACAGGUGGAUAGGCCAAUGUACUAUGUCAGUAAGGUAUUACACGGCCCCGAGAGAUGUUACCCCUUUGCUGAAAAAAUGGCGUUAGCUCUAUUGAACGCCUCCAGAAAAUUGAGGCUGUACUUCCAAGCUCAUUCGAUCAUCGUACUUACAGACCAACCCUUAUGGAGUAUUUUGCAAAAGCCUGAAUAUUCCGGUCGCCUUACUAAAUGGUCCAUUGAGUUGAGUGAAUAUGAUAUCCAGUAUCAACCCCGGCAAGCUAUAAAGGGGCAGGCAUUGGCUGAUUUUAUUGUGGAAUGUGCACACUCCAGUAAAAUGGGAGAAAAUGAACAGUUUGAUUGUGAUUCCUUUAGAAAAUUCUGUGACAACCUAGGGAUUGAACUACGAUUCGCCUCAGUGGUAUACCCCCAGGCCAAUGGACAAGCUGAGGUUAGCAACCGAACCAUACUGCAUGGCCUAAAAACUCGACUUGAAUGGGCCAGGGGAACAUGGGCCGAUAAGUUACCCUCAAUUUUAUGGGCUUACCGAACGACUAGUCGAGUCGCUACUGGAGAAACUCCAUUCAAUCUGGUAUAUGGAACAGAGGCAUUAAUUCCCAUUGAACUUUUAGCUAAGUCCCCAAGACUGAUGGCAUAUGAAGAAGAGAACGGUGCGAGGAAUUUUGAAGCAUUGCGAGAAAAUUUGGAUCUGAUUGAAGAGCAGAGGGAUAAUGCUGCCAUGAAGGUAGCUGCAUAUCAGAGAAGAAUCACCAGUUAUUUCAAUUCUCGGGUAAAGAAUAGACCUAUGAAAGAAAGAGAUCUAGUACUUCGGAGAUCUGUCGUAACCAACGCGCUAAAGGAUGAUGGAAAGUUGCGAGCAAAUUGGGAAGGGCCAUACCGCAUUCUAAAGUUGAUUGGUCCCAACACUUGCAUUUUACAAACCCUUUCGAGAGACACCCUUGGGAAAACAUGGAAUUUGAAUUAUCUGAAGUUGUACAUGAACACUAUACCUGACAAAGUAUUUGCAAUAAUAUAA